AUGGCUCUGAAAAACAAUACCUUGGAGACUUUGCCAGAAGAUUAUCCCCAAUUUAGCUUCAGCAAAGAUUACGGAAAGUACAAGGCCAACCCUGGUUUUGGUGAUGGGCAGCAGGAGGGACUGGAGGCAGAUAAGAGUAACCUGGUGUCCUCGGUCAUUCAAAGAAAUCCAGUAGUUGCUAGAAAUUCCACGAUCAAUAAAGGUGUCUUUGGAACCGUCAAUAACUCGAUCCAGAAUAGCAUCAAUGGUGCAGGUGGCAUACUCCGAUCAAAUCCUCCUAAAUUGAUGAGCCCCGUAAACCAGAAUACCUUAGAUAAGUAUAAUAGCUCUAAGUUUGACAAUUUGCAAUCGAUUUUAGAUACUGGAACCAAUCAAGGAACCGUUAUUCAUCAGUCAUUUGGUAGUGACGUGGUGGGUGAUGGAACUACAAAGUUUCAACCAGAAGAUAAUGAAUAUGAUAAAGAGAAUGUUCCGGUCUGGAUGAAGAAGCUUCGGGAACACAAAGCCAAGCAAGAUAUGGAAAACAAUAAUAAUACCAACAAGGAAAACCUAGAACUCGGUUAUGGUGACGAUAGCUUCAUUUCCCCCAUGAUAAAAGAUGAUGAUCAUUCCCAGCUAGUCGCGGAGAAACAGCAGACAUAUAUGAGAUCUAGUUCUGAUGGAUCGAGCUCUUCUAAACUCAAUAGCGGUGCCUCAAACUACGAUGGUAACAUCACCCCGGAUUCAUCGGUCAACAGAUCCCCGCAACACUUUCCUGAGAAAUCUAUUCGUCCUAUAACCCAGUCAACCGCGAUUUCCACUUAUAAUUCUCGACCAGCAAUGGAUUCUCACCUUGCUGGAAGCUCUAAUUCUGGAUCCCUUCAAAGUGGUCAACAGUCGCCUUUAAAGCUUUUUUCCAGUGAUAACUACAAUACGUACACAAAAGAGAAAAUGGACAAUCUAAUCAAUAGUCAUUUCAUCCCCGAACAGACCGUGGAUUCCUCAGAAAAUAGCAAAAGAGGAGAACUUAAUUUUGAUCAAAAUGAAUAUGAUGACAGUAUGAGAAUCUUGAAAAAUCAAAAUUCAAGCUAUGGUACUGGCUCAAGGUUUGCAUUCAAAAAAAUGCCUAGCAUCAAUGAAAUUCCAUCCCAUCAAACUAGUAUUAAUGAAGACGAACAUGUGAAAUCCAGAAGCACUCAUCAUAGCAGAGGAAGUUCUAAAGGCAGCCAAUCCAUAAUAGAUACACUAUCGUCUUCGCAUCCCAAGCAAGCGGGAGAUAUCACAAGUCCGAACCACUUCAUGGAUUAUGCGGAUGAUGUUUUUAGCAAGUUUAUUAAUCACGGGCCAGGGGUUGCCAGUAAAGAGUCCUUGAAUGUGAACAGUAACCAUAAUAAUAGUAAUGUUGCCUCCGACACCGCCAGUUAUACCAGUGAUGAUACCUCUUUCAAUAACAACAUUGCUAAUAUGGAUAUUCGUGAAAACAACAAGAAUUAUAAUCACUUAAUGAACUCCCAGCUGAUUAAGGUUGGUCAAGGGAUACUAAAUCAUCCUCACAAUGCUAGGUCUUCGGAGCUUUUCAAUUCAAGUAUCAUUCAAAAUGUCACAAAUAAUAUGUCGACUUUUGAUACCAUCAAGUUUAAGGGGAAUCCCUCAUUUAUGAAUGGUGAUAAAUAUUAUAGCAACCAACAGGCUGGAAUUGACAAACCGAGAAAUUAUGGAGCUCAAAAUGACUAUGGAAAUGAACAAGAAGAAGAAGACGAAAUGGAUGAAACAAAUGAUGGUAUUGAUUCCACUCAGAAUAUCUCUGCGACAUUCAUCCAGCCGAAAGUCAAAUCACAUUCUCAGAUCAUCAGUAGUCAUGGUUACAAAUCUUAUUUCCCUAAUGAAUCUUAUGAUCAACAGUUAGACCAGACCGGAUUGGUUGAUGGGAAGCAUCCUGGUGAUUUUGAUUAUGACAUUAAUGCUUCAUUUAUUAAAGAGCUUAGAGGAACCCACAAGCCUAGUUUUAUGAAUGAAGGGAGAAGCGACACCAAAAAGAGUCCCACAAAACCUGCUGAUAAGAAUGCUUUGCCAAAGAAAUUGUUGAAGUUUGCCCCUGGUGAUAUUGAAAUUCCUCAAGUGCAUGGGAUGUUUCUUGAUAAACUGUUGAACAAAUGGGUCAAGAGAAAGACUUCUGAAUAUUCUGAGUCAAGUGAAGAACAAGUUUCAACAGAUUUGAGUAGGGACGAUGAAAAUGUCAAUGCUUUGAAUGCCAUUGCGGAUUUGUCAACUGCCAGUCAUAAUCAAAUCUCUAAUGAUAGUAGCUAUGAGUUUGGACAUCGAAAUGGGCGGCAAGAAGGAAUGACAUCAUAUAGUGAUACUACGACAAACAACAACACUUUAGCCAAUAAUGAUAUCACUUUCAAUCAAUUACCAAACGUUUCUAGCGUUUCUCAAAUUGCCGACACCACUUUUUCCACCAGUAAAAGGAUGUUAGUUUCUGCAUUAAUGGAUGUUCUAUCAAAGAAUAAGAACUGGGAAUUGGUAAGGAAUGUGGACUUAUCGAAUAAAUCUUUGUCCAGCUUAGUUGAAUGUGAUACCUUGUUGGCGAAUUUGCGAAUUAUAAACGUUGAUUACAACUAUUUGAGAACCCUUGAUGAUUUACCGGAAAGAAUCGAUAACAUUUCAGCUAAGGGAAACAAACUAGGGGGGUUAUUAUCAUUGAAAAGAUACCAGGAUCUUGAGAUUGUUGAUUUUUCAGGUAAUUUCUUCAAGUCCCUUCUACAAUUCAAGAAUUUGAUUCAUUUAAGAUAUUUGAACCUCAGUGGCAACUUGAUUAAUAAUAUUAAUGCCCUAAAUAAUUCAGGAUUUCAAAAUCUUUUAACCUUGGAUUUGUCAAACAACUACAUCAGGGGUUCAAUCAACUUGAAACGUUUUAGAAUAUUGGAAAAUUUGCAAGAACUUGACUUGUCCAAUAAUUUUAUUGAAAAUAUUGACGGGGUCAAAUACUUACCAACCUUAAUUAUUUUGAAAGCCGAUAAUAACUUAAUCACAGAUUUCAAUUUUGAUGGGUUUGAAAGUCCGGAGGAAUAUCAUAAAUCUUUGAAGAAAUUGAGUUUGAAGAACAACAAGUUAGAAAUGCUCAAUGUUCUUCAUUUUAAAAACCUUAGGGUUUUGAGAGUCAAUGAUGCGAUCGAACUUCAAAAUUUACAAAAGCUCCACAAAUUAGAUGAGUUGUUGAUUAAUGGAUCAUACGACUCCAAUGCUAAGCAAUGCAGUGAAAUGAACUAUCAGAUUUUGAGAGACGUUGUUGAAUACAACACUAUUAAGACAUUGAACGUUAGUAAUACCAGGAUUAAUUCAUUAAAGAUUCUGAAGUAUAUUGCUCUUGAAUCAAUGUUUUGUGUGUUCAAUGAAAUUGAGAACUUCCAAGUGCUCGUGGAAGACAUUAAAUUUUUGAGCAACCUCAAAAGAAUCGAUCUCCGAUACAAUCCAAUCACCAUUUCGUUCUAUUUUGCUGGCAACAAAAGAGAACUUUUGAAUGCUUAUUAUGAUAAAGAGAUUUCAAAACAAGACGAAUCUAUGGAGGAAUAUGAUUUAGAAGUUAGCACAAUUGAAGAGGAUAAUCUAUGCCUUAUUGAAGGAUGCCGCUCCCAAGACAUUUUCAAAGGGAAGUUACAAAAGCAAUGGGAAGUUCAAGACCAGAAGUUUGCUGAGGCUUUGAAGAUCAACAAUAGAAAUGUUUAUAAAAAGAGAAUUUAUUAUCAAGGACUCAUGUUGAGUUUAUUCAGAAAGCUCAAGUACCUUGAUGGUUUAAAUAUCACCAAAGAGAGGAGAAGAGAAAUUUUGGAUGAAUUCAAGAAGUUAUAA